GCCAGCAAUUAUAUCAGAAUGCUUGCGCUCAAUGUGUUGAUUUUGGUGCUUCUUGGAGUAGUGUCUUCGAGUGACCUGGACCUCGAACUCGCUGAAACCGGCACUAUUGUAGUGGAAACUUCCAACGGCGCCGUCAGAGGUUCAUAUGGUGUUAGGAAUCACGUAGACUCGAAAAUUCUUUACUGGUUUAGAAGCAUCCCGUUCGCCGAGCCCCCUGUAGGUGCCAGAAGAUUCGAACCACCGGUGCCGAAAGAGAAUUGGUCGGGAAUCUUAGAUACAAGAUCGAAACCACCAAUAUGCAUACAAGGAUCGUCCAACGUAACCGGCAGCGAAGAUUGCCUGUAUCUUAAAAUCUUCAGCAACAAACAACCGAAAGCGACCAACAAACUCCCGGUGCUGGUUUGGAUCUACGGCGGAGCCUACUGGAGCGGACACGCCGAUUUCGACGAUCACAGUCCCGAUUUCCUACUUCACGAGGACGUCAUCGUCGUAGGCAUCCACUACCGUGUCGGUUUCAUGGGAUUUUUCUCAUUAGGCGACGAAGUAGUGCCCGGAAACAACGGCAUCAGAGACCAGGUGCUGGCUUUGAAAUGGAUCAAGGAGAACAUCAGAAACUUCGGCGGUGAUCCGGAUAAUAUAGCGAUAUGGGGUCAGAGCGCCGGUGCCGCUUCCGUAGCUUAUUUACUGCAAAUCGAAGAAACUAAAGGGCUCUUCAGCAAGGCUAUUCUCAAUUCCGGUUCGUCUCUGUCGCCUUGGGCUCUGGCUAGGAGAGCGCCGAUCGUCAGUCGUGCCAUCGCCAAGGAACUGGAUAUUAAUAACAAAGAUUCCAAAGAAAUAUUGAGGAAACUCAAAGAGGUCAAUAUCGAAACCUUGCAGCAGGUCGCAUCUUCAAAAAUGACUUCAGAAGUCAUUGGUAAAAAUCCACUUCAAGGUAUCGCUUUCGCUCCAGUCGAGGAACCCGAUCACGAAAACGCCAUCAUCACCGGAGGUUCCUACGAAAAGCUCCAGAAUGGACAAUUCCAUAACGUCCCCAUCAUGAGCGGGUACACCUCUCUGGAAGGUUAUAUUGAUAAACUAGCAGGUAUACUCAGAUUGUGGUUGUUGAAAUACGAUUUGAACCACUCCCUUCUAACACCCGAAGACUUGAAUGCCAGCGGUCCAAUUACCAGGCAAAUUCUAGGCGGUAACAUAAAAAAUAGGUAUUUCGGCGUCGGAACUAUAGCAGGCUCUAAUGAACGGACUAUGAGAUUGAUUGCUGACACGCAAUUCGAGCGACCAAUUCACGAAGCCAUCCGUUUGUACUCGCAAAAAACCAAAGUUUACGCCUACAGAUUUUCCUACCAAGGACCAUUAUGGGGAAGAACCAACAGAACCGUUGACGGUGUUGGACAUACUGAAGAUUUGGGCUACCUCUUCGACUUGGGCUUCAAAGGCUCCGACCAAGACUACUUGGUUAGGAACCGCAUGGUGAGAAUGUGGACGAAUUUUGUGAAAACGGGAAACCCAACCCCGACACAGGACCGUUUAUUGCAGAACGUAAAAUGGCCCGCUAACACCGGAUCAGAGGACUUACAGUACCUUGAAAUCAAUGAAGAUUUGACCGUCACAGGUCUACCCAACGCUGAUAAUAUGAACUAUUGGAGGAACAUGUACAAGAAUUACGGUCGUCAGCCGUUCCACACCUUCUAAUUCGCAGGCAAAUUUUAUUGUAAAUGUACCUACUUAUUAAAUAAAAUUUUUAACAA